GAAAAAGAUGAUUAAAGGUAUAAUUAUUUUUUGAUUAGUAAGAAUAUGUAGUUUUGGUUAUAUGGUGUUUCUAUAUUGCAAUUGCCAUUGUUUAUUCAAUAAUUUAUUUGAGUACAACCAGAUUUAAUGGGACUAUUGAAUUUCCAUUGCUUAGUUGGACAAUCGAUUUUCUAGAUCCAGAAUGGAGAGUACUUUAUCGCUAUGUAUAGGCACUGUUAAUUUACUUGUUGAGUUAUUUCUACAUUUGUUUCAGAAAUAAAGAAUGCCAUUUUAUAUUUUUUCAGGAAUAAUAUUUGGAGGAUACUUAAGUAGAUUUGGAUUUGCUAUUAAUCUCAUCUUAAUGUUUGCUAAUUUCAUAUUUGUAAAGUUAUGCAAGUAAUCGGCUUAAUUUCUAAAAAUACAUUGGAUUUUGCAUUUGAUCAUCAUUUACCUAAUUAAUAUAUUGAAUGGUUUGAAUAACAUAUGGGGUGACAGUGGAAAAGAAUUCAAUCAAGCUGCUCCAAUCCCUUGGUAGCACAUCUAUGUUUGGAAUCUGCUUCGGAUGACAAGUUACAAUGUGGAAGUAUAGGAAAUUAAGCUAAUAGAAUAUCUGGCUUAUCUUCUUUAUCCACCUCUCUACUACUCAGGACCACUGAUCUAAUUCACUGAUUGGUAAACCCAGAUUAGGAUGAAUUUAUCAGUUUACAAAAAACAUAAGUAUAUAAUGAGUGGUAUUAUCUUGUUGGCACUUCAAAUUCUAACAUAAUGUUAUGCAGUAGCUAAUCACAAAGAGAAUGAAUGGUUAUGGAAAAAAUAGAUAACAACACUUUCUGGCAUUUCAUUCUUUGUAACAUCAGCAAUUCAAAUCUAUUUGAAAUUUAUAUUUUUGUGGGCUUUAUAAGAAUGUUGGGCAAGUUAUGAUGAUGUAGAUAUUCAAACUAACAAUCCAAAAAAUAUGUUUUUGGUCAAUUCAGCUUAAUCAUUUGAGAAAUACUUUUGUGCUACUUACUAAAAUUUUAUAAUUAAAUAUGUCAAAGAUGUUUUCUCUUAGAAUGUUUAUUUGAAUUUGCUACUUAUUUAUAGUAUAACCAUAAUACUUGUGAAUUCUGAUACUAAAACUAUUUGGUUUUAUGUGACUUUAUUCUUGCUUCACUUAUUUGAAGAUAAAAUAUAAAUUUAAAAUAAAUUAUUUGCCAUCACAAUACGAUCUAUCUCAUAAUGUGUAAUCUUAUUAGAAAUAAUCGCUAUGUACACAUCAGAUAUCGAUAUAAUAUGGAUCUAUGUUAAACAAAAAAAUUUAUACUGGAUUCCAUUAUUCUUUGGAACAUGCUUAUUAACAUAGAUAUAUCUUUCAAUAACAAAAUAAAUUUCAUGAUAAUUAUUCAAACUGUUUAUAUUUUAUUAUUUAAACACUAUUAAACAACAAUUUCAAAAA